GUUGGUGCCUUGGAACAGGCAAUGCUGGACGCUUUAGUGAUGGACCGUGUAGAUUUUGUGAAGCUGUUAAUAGAGCACGGAGUGAACAUGCACCGUUUUCUUACCAUAUCCCGUUUGGAAGAACUCUACAAUACAAAACAAGGACCAUCAAAUCUACUUUUGCAUCACCUGGUUGGAGAUGUGAAACAGAAUGCCCUUUCCUUGGAUUACAAGAUAUCACUGAUCGAUAUUGGGCUGGUGAUAGAGUACCUCCUUGGUGGAGCUUAUCGGAGCAGCUACACAAGGAAGCAUUUCCGAAGUCUCUACAAUGACCUCUACAGAAAACACAAGAGCCUGUCUCAUUCCCUUCAUCAGAAUCAUCAGACAAGUAGCAGAAUGGGAUCUGCUGAAAGUACUUUGCAUUCUCAGUUCUUCAGAACAGCACAGCCUUACAAAUGCAAGGAAAGAUCCACUGCUUUCCAUAAGAGUAAGAAGAAAUCAAAAGAGGAUAUAAACUUUGCAGAGAACUAUGAGUCAUCUGGCUUUAUCUACCCCUAUAAUGACCUCCUGGUUUGGGCAGUAUUAAUGAAAAGGCAGAAGAUGGCAAUGUUCUUCUGGCAGCAUGGAGAGGAAGCCAUGGUCAAAGCCGUUGUGGCUUGUAAACUCUACAGGGCGAUGGCACAUGAAGCUAAACAGAGCAACAUGGUGGAUGACACUUCAGAAGAACUCAAGAAGUACUCAAAGGAAUUUGGGCAGCUUGCCUUGGAAGUGCUGGAGAAAGCAUUCAAACAGAAUGAGCAGAUGGCCAUGAAGUUGCUGACUUAUGAACUGAAAAACUGGAGCAACUCAACGUGCUUAAAACUAGCAGUAUCUGUGGGGCUGCGGCCUUUCGUAUCCCAUACUUGCACACAGAUGCUGCUCACUGAUAUGUGGAUGGGACGCCUGAAGAUGCGGAAGAACUCUUGGUUUAAGGUCAUUAUGAGUAUUCUUCUGCCUCCCACCAUCUUGAUGCUGGAGUUUAAAAGCAAGGCAGAAAUGUCUCAUGUGCCUCAGUCCCAAGACUUCCACCAGUUCACGUGGUAUCAUGGGGAUCAGAGCCCAACCAGCUCUAAAGAUGCCUUGUCUCUGAAGGAUUGUGAUGUGGAGAAGGUUGCUCGGAAGUCUGAUGGAAGCCAAGUAGAUGGUGGACAAGGAAACCUGCCUGGCACUAGAAAAAUCUAUGAGUUCUACAACGCACCAAUUGUCAAGUUCUGGUUUCACACGAUGGCAUACAUGGCGUUUCUUAUGCUCUUCACUUACACUGUGUUGGUGAAGAUGGAACCAAAACCGAGUGUGCAAGAGUGGCUUGUUAUCAUUUAUAUUUUCAGCACUGCUAUUGAAAAAGUCAGGGAGGUAUUUAUCUCAGAACCUGGAAAAUUCCGCCAAAAAGUGAAGGUGUGGAUUUAUGAAUACUGGAAUUUUACUGAUUCUAUAGCUAUCAUCCUGUUUAUGAUUGGUUUUGGCUUGCGCUGGUCCGACCCCCCUGUUCAUACUGCAGGGAGGCUACUUUACUGCUUGGAUAUAAUAUUUUGGUACGCUCGGCUCCUUGAUCUUUUUGCUGUGAAUCAGCAUGCUGGUCCAUACCUGACAAUGAUUGGGAAAAUGACAGCAAACAUGUUCUAUAUUGUGGUCAUGAUGGCCAUAGUCCUACUGAGUUUUGGAGUGUCACGAAAGGCAAUCCUUUCACCAGAGGAGCCUCCUUCUUGGACUCUGGCACGAGAUAUUGUAUUUCAGCCCUACUGGAUGAUGUUUGGUGAGGUCUAUGCUGGAGAAAUAGAUGUCUGCGAAACCAAUGAAGACUGUCCUCCUGGCUCGUUCCUCACACCGUUCCUCCAAGCUGUCUACCUCUUUGUGCAGUACAUCAUCAUGGUCAACUUGCUUAUUGCUUUCUUCAAUAAUGUUUACUAUGAUUUGAAAUCCAUAUCGAACAAGCUCUGGAAGUACAACCGGUAUCGCUACAUUAUGACCUACCAUGAAAAGCCAUGGCUUCCUCCACCUUUCAUCCUCCUGAGCCACUUUGGACUUCUGAUGAACCGCAUCUUCUGCCAUCGGCCCCCAAAUGAGCUGGAUCAAGAGGAAGGCGAUGUUGGCCUAAAGCUGUACCUGAGUGAUGAGGAGUUAAAGAAGCUCCAUGACUUCGAGGAACAAUGUGUGGAAAAAUAUUUUCAUGAGAAGAACGAAAGCCUGAGUUCUAGUGACAGUGAAAGGAUCCGUCUGACCACAGAGAGGGUAGAGGAGAUGUUUCUGCAGCUUAAAGAAGUACAUGAGAAGGUAUUUUAUAUCAAGGAGUCUUUACUCUCCUUGGACAGCCAGCUAGGACAUUUGCAAGACCUGUCUGCCUUGACAGUGGACAUCCUAAAAGUGCUCUCAGCUGUGGACACCUUGCAGGUGGAAGAAGCCUUACUGGCUGACACAAAACAUCAGACCUGUAGGAAGCUGCCCCACAGCUGGAGCAAUGCACUUUAUUCCAAGACCUUGAGCAGCCUGGAAUGUUUGUAUGACAAGAAGUACCACUACUACAGCAUGCCACCCUCCCUCUUACGGAGCUUGGUACGGAGUCAGUGGCCAUCAGAGUGCAAAGACCACAUAUUGAAGACUGAGAGCAACAAGGUCGUAGAAGAUAGUUCUCAAAAGAUAGAAAUAGAAAGUGACACACUUACUUCAGGAGUAUCUUCAGAGACUAAGUCAACCCCUAGAUAUGGACAAUUUUUGCUGGUGCCCCCUGACCAUCAGAGAGGGUCUUUCUCUGAGGAUGGCACCUUAAAUUUGUCCUUUUUGAGCAGUCCUGCCAAGUACAGGGAUGAUUCAUUCAAAGAUGAACUGCAAAGUAGCAUUGUGGUACAGCAAAACUUACAGAGUGUCAGCCUCAUUGGAAAAGAGCCAGAAGGUUAUCAGUGGAGCCAGAGAGACUUUGUUAUUCACUUGCCAUCAGAAAAGACUGAUGCUGUAGAGGCUGAUCAUCCUCUGGAUCUCUCGUCUUCGCUGGGUGUUGAAGAGAGGGCUGCACCCCCUUGUGAUGACAGGGAAGAAGCUGAAGGUGGCUAUGUGAACUGGGGAUUCUCUGAAGGUGAUGAAAAAGGAGUUUUCAGUUCAGGGAAGAAAGAAAAGAAGAGAAAAUCUGGGAGAGGAAAGAAGAAUCAAAAACCCCUUCAGGUGCCGGUGAUUAGAGUGGAUGAUUGUCCCCAGAACACCCAAGUGAGCUCAGAGCCCGCAGAGAUCAAUGUCUGGAAUGAGCAAGAGAAACACAGCAAGAACUGGCUCACGGUGUCUAAUUUCAGUCAGCAAAGUUUGGAACGUCUCAGUUACAUGCACCAGAAAAUGAAAACUCAAGACAUCAGUAGGCACACCAUACCAUUCAGUGAUUACCUGAAGCAUUCUCAAGAGGAUUUGAGUAAUAGCAUAUUUGGAACCACCAAGAAAAGUAAUCUGAACAGGAACUCCUUGUUGAGAACUUCAGAGAAAACUGAGAAAAUCUUUGCCUGCUUGAAAACAUCUCAAGAUCUGCAUCAUCACUACUCAGCUGUUGAAAGGAACAACUUAAUGAGACUUGCUCAGACCAUACCAUUUACACCAGUCCAGCUCCUUGCUGGAGAGGAAGUGACAGUUUAUCGUUUAGAAGAAAGUUCACCGAUGAACCUUGAUAAAAGCAUGUCUUCCUGGUCCCAGCGUGGUAUGGCUGCAAUGAUCCAAGUCUUGUCGCAGGAGGAGAUGGAUGGUGGUCUGCGGAGGGCCAUGAAGGUCAUUUGUACUUGGUCUGAGAAUGACGUAUUAAAGUUGGGACAAGUAUUUAUUGUGAAGUCUUUUCUACCAGAGGUGGUUCAGACUUGGCAAAAGAUCUUUCAUGACGGCACGGUGCUUCAUCUCUGCCUGAGGGAGAUCCAACAGCAAAGGGCUGCCCAGAAGUUAAUCUAUACCUUCAAUCAAGUGAAGCCUCAUACUAUUCCCUAUACUCCAAGGUUCCUGGAAGUUUUCCUCAUCUACUGCCAUUCAGCAAACCAGUGGCUGACCAUUGAGAAGUACAUGACUGGUGAGUUUCGGAAAUACAACAACAACAAUGGAGACGAGAUUACUCCCAGCAGCUUGCUGGAAGAGCUGAUGCUGGCCUUCUCUCACUGGACCUACGUGUACACCCGUGGGGAGCUCCUUGUCCUGGAUUUGCAAGGUGUUGGGGAAAACCUUACAGAUCCAUCUGUGAUUAAACCUGAAGACAAAAAAUCUGGAAAGAUGGUAUUUGGACCAGCAAACCUAGGAGAAGGUGCAAUAAGAAACUUCAUCACAAAGCAUCGUUGUAACUCUUGCUGCAGGAGACUGAAACUCCCUGAUUUGAGAAGAAGUGACUGCACACUGGAAAGGGUCAGUCCAGCCUUCGAAACAGAAAUGGAGACAAGCACCAGAGGAGCUGACGAUGCAGACGAGCCUUUGGAGUAUGACACGCGGCUGUGA